AUGGACGAGUCGGCGAACGCACCGCUUAUACCCCAUCGCGAAGACACCAACGACCAUCACGAGGAUACCGAGAAUGUCCCGGACGCGGAACUGCUGGUGCAUGAUGGCAGGAUAGGCGCAUUCUUGUGGCUCUUGGUGCUUUCUGCCGGCAUCAGCGGAUUGCUAUUUGGAUAUGAUACUGGUGUGAUAUCCGCGACCCUCGUAUCGAUAGGCACUUCGCUCUCCGGCAGAGAGCUGACUUCACUCGACAAGUCCGUGAUCACGUCCUCCGCCUCGCUCCUUGCUCUGCUAGCCUCCCCGCUGUCCUCUAUAUUGGCUGAUGCCUACGGUCGCAAGCGCGUCAUUCUUUUGGCCGACGUGCUCUUUGUCCUCGGUGCUGUAACACAAGCCGGCAGUUAUACCGUGUCUUCCAUGGUUCUGGGAAGGUCCAUCGUCGGCGCUGGUGUUGGAGCCGCCAGUUUUGUCACACCCAUGUAUAUUGCUGAGCUCGCACCGGCCGCGCAUCGGGGCCGGCUUGUUACCAUGAACAACCUUGCUGUCACUUUUGGUCAAGUGGUUGCAUAUAUUAUUGGAUGGCUGUUCACCGAGUAUGGCGAUCCAUUGACUGGGUGGAGGUGGAUCGUGGGUCUUGGUGCCGUUCCGGCUGCCCUGCAAUGCGUUCUGCUCUUCUUCAUGCCUGAAACGCCCAGAUGGCUGGUCCAGGCAGGCAAGUCUUCGGCUGCUAGACAGGUCAUCCAGAGGACUCUUGGUCUCGAAUCGCCCAAAGAUGCUGCUGUGAGGGCCGUCUUGGCCGACAUUCAAACUGAAGUCCGCGAAGAGGCGCAGAGCAGACGGCGCGGCGGCAAAGAGAGCCAAAGCUGGCUUUAUGGCUUCCGCGAGCUUGUGACCGUCCCAAAGCACCGUCGCGCGCUGACUAUCGCAUGUCUGCUGCAGGGUGUGCAGCAGUUGUGCGGUUUCAAUUCGUUAAUGUAUUUUUCAGCGACCAUUUUCAUGCUUGUCGGGUUCUCUGACCCGACCCUUACCUCGCUUAGCGUUGCUGUAACAAAUUUCUUGUUUACUGUAGCCGCACUACUUGUGAUUGACCGACUUGGUCGACGACGCACCCUCCUGUACUCGAUUCCUUUCAUGGUAGCGGGCCUGGCUCUGUCUGGAUAUGGAUUCACCUCUAUCCAUCUAUCUACCACGGACAAUUCCGCCCCUGGAACAAGUACAACGCCAGAGAAGACGGCAGCUGCGACUAUUCUGGUGAGCAUGAUCAUCUAUGUGGCGUCCUAUGCCAUUGGACUGGGUGUUGUACCCUGGAUGCAGAGCGAAUUAUUCCCGCUCAGCGUGCGCUCACUAGGCAGUGGCAUUGCGACAGCGACGAAUUGGUCGGCCAACUUUGUGGUGGGACUGACAUUCUUGCCGCUUAUGGAUGUCUUGACACCGACGUGGACAUUUAUGCUUUACGCGCUUGUCUGUGCUAUCGGCUGGGUUGCGAUAUGGCUCAUUUACCCAGAGACAUCUGGACUCACGCUCGAAGAGUGCACCAACCUGCUUGAACAUGACUGGGGUGUCCGCAGGUAA